UACAGCUCCAGCAGCAUACUGGUUUUAUAGCAUACUGCUAAUGUUAAUGCUAAUGCUAAUGCUCUAUCAAUCAAGUCUUAAGAAGUGAACGGCUUGUUAAAUUAACAAGUUACAAAAUAGAGUACUUAGUCGUAGAGUUUUUUUUUUUGUGAAAAUUAGUUGUGGAGUUAUAAUUAUUAAAAUUUUAAAGUGUAUGUAUAUGCAUAAACCUCCAACAGAACUAUUUUUUUUUUAGUUUUGCCAGCCCUCUAAAACAACUAUCUGUGGGCGUUAAAACUGCAUGUGGUUAUAUGAUAUUAUAUAUUAUUUAAAUCUUUCGUCUUUUUAUCUUAGAUCAUUUCCAAUGUAUUUUGCUAUUUUCAUCUUUAAAAUAGAGGAACUCUAUAAUAGAGAUGAGAUAUGCUCUAAUGUAUUCCCAUAAAAUAGCAAUCUCUAAAUGUAGAGUAAAAAAUAAAGGAAUGCUAUUUCUUUCUCUAUAAAUAGAGGAAAAAAUAGAGAUCUCUAUUAUAGAGGAAGAAAUAGAGGUGAGUUGGAGCAAUUUCACUUUUAAAUGUUAUUAUAGAGGUGGAAAUAGCUAUGGAUUGGAGAUGCUAUUAAUCCCACAAAAAGUCUUUGGUGGAGAAAACAAAUCCAUUAAAAUCUUCAUAUAGAUUUCUUUCAUUAUUUUAUCCAUUAGUACCAAAGUCCCUCUCUCUUUCUCGUUGUCUUCUUAGCAAUAGAAUUAUACUUUAAUUCCUCAAAACUUGCUUGGUCCGUAACUCAAAGCUAGAUGCAGUUUUAAUUUUAUUUUCCUUUUCGAAUAUAACCCCCUUUUUUACUUCUCCUCCAUUUGCAAGCUCAUAGACAACUCUCACCAUAGAGAAUUAAUCUUAUAAGAAAAAGAACACAAAACAAUCCAAUGGGUGUGGUAACAGAGUCACAGUUCCAUGUUUUGGCGGUUGAUGAUAGUCUCUUUGAUCGGAAAAUGAUAGAGAGAUUGCUGCAAAAGUCUUCCUGUCAAGUAACUACAGUUGAUUCAGGCUCUAAAGCUCUCGAGCUUCUUGGUUUGAGAGAAAGCAAUGAGAGUGACGACCCAAAUGCUACUUCUACAUCACCUGAAGUUGAAAUAAAUCUUAUAAUUACAGAUUACUGUAUGCCUGGCAUGACUGGUUAUGAUUUGCUCAAGAGAGUUAAGGAAUCAGCUGCAUUUAGAAGCAUUCCCGUUGUAAUAAUGUCAUCUGAGAACGUUCCUGCUAGAAUCUCCAGAUGUCUGGAAGAAGGAGCUGAGGAGUUUUUCUUGAAACCAGUAAAGUUAGCUGAUCUCACCAAGUUGAAACCUCAUAUGAUGAAAACCAAGUUGAAGAAAGAAAGUGAAAAACCAGCAGAAGAAGUGAAACCGGAGAUAGAAGAAGAAGAAUCGCCAGUGAUUGAAAUCUUGACUCUCCAUCAAGAACUUGAAUCCGAGCAACAAGAACCAAUGUUGAGUAAUAAUAAGAGGAAAGCAAUGGAAGAAGCGAUAUCUACUGGUCGAUCACGUCCUAAAUACAACGAUAUCACAACAUCAGUCUGACUGGGUGUGAUCUGAUAAGUUUUUUCUCAAAACUUUGCUUCAGAGUUUUUGUUAGGUUAUUUGUAGGAAUGCUUCUUCUGGUAGUAAAUACAGGUUGCCAUAAAAAUGAAGCAGGGGGGGGGGGGUGGGGGUGGGGGGGAGAUAUAUAUAUGUAGAUGAUGAUAAAGUACUAUUAUCGAGCACAAGAUGACGUUUUCAGCACGUCUGAAAUGUAUAUCAUCACAAACUAGCAAAUAUAUAAUAACAAUUCGGGUUAGCCUUAAAAUCACAGAAGGAUCCCAAGGUUCUUCUCCAAUAAACCAUAUCAUCUCUACAAAAUUGUAUACAACAAAUCCGAAAAGCAACUCAGAAACCUUAAAAAUCUCAAAGAAAAGCAGAGAGAGAGAGAGAGAGAGCGGAAUAACAUGCCAUUGCCUCCAGCUUUCUAUGCCCACUAGGACCCAAUUCGUUUCAUUAUUAUUUUUUUCAAAGAAUUAGACCUUCUCCAAUCCAUUUUUAUAUUUCUAAUUUUUUCGAAAAUAGAAAAACUCUAUUGUAAAGCUAGAUUUGUUUCUAUAAUUGAAUUCUCUAAUUUAAGGAAAAAUAUAGAGAUGUAAGUUGGAGGCGAUUUGAUUGGACGUUUAUUUUAUUACAAUUUGUUAAUACCAUUUAGUUGGGAAAAUCGACCAAUUCAUACUUCAACAGACGGCUUCAGUCCCGAUCAAUACAUUGCACUCGAACUAUGUUAAGGUAUGAAUUACACCUUCGUUUAAUAUGAUUCUCUCCGUCAUGGACUAAUGUCAUAAUGGGCUUCUUCUUUCUAAUAGUUUAAUGUCACUCUCUAAGUGGGCUUUUACUAGACAACUAUCGAAGGGGUCCCAAAUAUAGAAAGGAAACAAACUACGUCUAAUCAUACGGGAAUGAUUGGUUCGUUGGGGGAAAUGUAAAUGUCGGCUAGCUCAUCAUAGAUGACAUUAAUAAUUAGCCUUUGGGAAAGGUUGAUAUAAAAGUUUGGGACGGGUCUUCGCUUUCAAGCUCGAAUUUAUUGGUCGAACACUGACGUGUCACCUAACACUCUUCUAGCUGGCCAGAAAGAGACGUGGCUAGUGAAAACUAUGGCGAUGUAUUAUUGGUCUGAAGAUCGCCGCAUGUGUCACGUGUGGAAUAUACAUUCAUAUUUCUCUCCUCCCUUCAACCUUCAUCCAAACAGAUCGAACUCGCGAAACUAAAGAUAGAAAUGGCUAUGCCUUUGGAAAUGGCAAUGCAUCUGACGAAGACCGUGUGGUUUGCUCUGAGCGGUUGGAUUUUCACGUGUUUGUGUAUCGCUGACGAAAUUGCUGGUUCUCUUAGAAACCGAGAAUUGUCCCUCUCCAUGUCGGAUGAUUGACUCAAGAUUCAAGAUUCUUCAUGCUUUCCAUGAACUAUCACCAUUUUCUCCUCAGAGAUUUGUUUCUUUUUUUAAUGGCGAUGAGUCUAUAAACCCUAUAAUUGAAGGGUUUGUGUUUAUAAAGGAGGGAGAUAUAUAAGGUCAUUGUUUGCUCCAUGUAAAGUGGAGUUUGAUAUAUAUAUAAUACGUCUCAAUUUGUCUGUC